AUGAACGACCUGGAGAAGAUGCAAAGCGCUGCAGAUCAAGUCGAAGACAUCAAGGAAGCCCAGGAUGUUGUCGACGUUGAUGCCCGGCUGCAAGAUCUCGCCAGAGAAUCUCCGCCGUUCUAUCGCAAACGCAACCUCACGACAUUGUACCUGUUGAUGGCCCCAGGGUGCUUGGUUCCGGCCAUUACCCUUGGCUUUGACGGUGCCAUGAUGAACGGACUACAGGCCAUAUCCACUUGGAAUGAAUAUUUUAAUAACCCGUCCGGUCCAAUUCUCGGAGUCCUGACUGCGAUUCUUGCUCUGGGUGCCAUCUGUGCCACCCCGUUCAUCAGCAUGGUCGGUGACCGCUGGGGCCGCCGCAUGGGUAUAAUCCUCGGUUCAGCCAUUAUGGCCGUCGGUGGAAUUCUGCAGGGCUCUUCUGUGCACAUCGCCAUGUUUCUCGUCUCCCGAUACCUGAUCGGAUUCGGCCUCGUCUUCGCCAACGCAUAUGCCCCAAUUCUAAUCGGGGAACUAUCCCACCCCAAAGACCGCCAGGUGACCACAUCGCUGUACCAAACAACUUGGUACUUCGGCGCCACGCUCGCCGCUUGGACGACGUUCGGAACGUUCACAAUGCCUACGGAGUGGGCAUGGCGCAUUCCGUCUCUCCUUCAAGCAGCUCCGGCCUUGGUCCAGAUCGUGGGCGUCUGGUUCGUUCCCGAGUCGCCUCGCUGGCUGGUCGCGACGGGCCGCGGCGAAGAGGCCAAGGCGAUCCUGACGAAGUACCACGCCGAAGGACAGGAGAAUGAUGAACUAGUCGAGCUCGAGUACUUUGAGAUGAAACGUGUGAUUGAGGCAGAUCUGGCUGCCAACGAGAUGACCUGGCGCGCCUUGGUGGCGUCUCCCGGGAAUCGUCGACGCUUACUGCUAGUCCUCAUGCUUGGGGUGUUUUCCCAAUGGUCGGGAAAUGGGCUUGUCUCGUUCUAUCUUGUCCGAGUCCUCCAAACAGUCGGCAUCGCCAAUUACAAGACCCAGAACACCAUCAACGGCUGUCUCAUGAUCUGGAGCUGGAUCACCGCGGUUGCGUCCGCGUUCCUGACCGCGCGAAUUCGCCGUCGGACACAGUUUUUGGUCUCGACCAUCGGCAUGUUAGCCGUCUUCGCGAGCCAGACUCUCUGCGCAGGACUGUUCAAUACCCAGCACGACGAGGCAGCCGGACUGGCGGUCAUCGCAAUGCUCUUCCUCUUCUACAUGUUCUUUAACCUUGCGUUCAAUGCGCUGCUGUACUCGUACCCCGUCGAGUUCUUACCAUACCCGAUUCGCGCGAAGGGGUUCUCCGUGCUGAUGUUCGUUGGGAAGGCGGCGAAUUUUGUCAAUGCGAUGGUGAAUCCUGUCGGCCUUGCGGCUAUUGGAUGGAAGUACUAUUUCGUGUAUGUGGCUUGGUUGGUGGUAGAGGUCUUGUCUGUUUAUUUCUUUUUUGUGGAGACCAAGGGUCCUAGUCUCGAGGCCAUUGCUGCUAGGUUUGAUAAUCUUUGA